AUGCCAUUGCCACGUCACUAUACCACGGUCCGCCAUUCUAACCCUCCGCUCUCGUCCGAAAACCGCGCUGCCUACGUCGCUGCGAUCAUGAACCCCGAUGAGAAGAACCUUCCACGACUCGAAUGCCCCGCCUUUAAUCCUUCGCGAUAUGAGUACCUCGCGGUCCAAGGCGAUGAGGGUGAUUCUGAUCCAUCGGGGAUCCAAUACUUCUUUGCCCUCGACCUGCGCGAAUGCCUUCACCUACUGCCCCGCCUUAUCGGAAGCAUCGUCGAAGCCAUCCGUUUCCUUGGCCCCCAAAGCUGCGCCCUAUCCAUCAUCGAGGGUAACUCCCACGACGGUACAGCCGAGGUUCUGGAGGCACUGCGACCGGAGCUCGAUGCGCUCACCACAACAUACUACUUCAAGUCGAGUGACAUCAACCCCAAGCAGGGAGACCGUAUUACGAAGCUCGCCGAACUCCGCAAUCUGGCACUGCAGCCCAUGCUCGACCCCAACAACUCGGAGCUAUACCCACCCGAAGCGAACACGACUGUUAUUUUCCUCAAUGACGUUGCCGCUUGCACCGAUGAUAUUCUCGAGCUUGUACACCAGCGCCGCUUCCUUGGUGCCGAUAUGACUUGUGCCAUGGACUGGACCUAUGUCGGCCAAGAUCCAACCUUCUAUGACGUAUGGAUUGCGCGGACACUGGCGGGAGGUGACUCCUUUUUCAAUAUUCCGGCUGAUGGCAACUGGAACUCUGCCUGGAACCUCUUCUGGAACGAGCCCACCGCGCGCGAGCGCUUCUUUGCCCACCAACCCUUCCAGGUGUUUUCAUGUUGGAACGGUGCCACCGCUUUUACCGCAAAGCCCUUCCUGGAGAAGAAAGUCACUUUCCGGGCUCCGAGAAAGGGUGAGUGUAUGCAAGGCGAGCCCCAGCUUCUUUGCAAGGACUUUUGGUGGCAUGGCUAUGGCAAAAUUGCCGUGGUGCCGUCGGUCAACCUCGAGUACUCAGAUGAGAAGGGAAAGCAAAUCAAGGAAGCGAAAGGCUUCACGAGCCAAUUGGUUGGAGGGGAGGGCCACAAGGACGAUGCCAUUCAGUGGCAGACGAGCCCGCCCGAAAAGGUCAAGUGCAUACCUGACUAUGGUCAUCAGUUCUUUGAGGAAUGGAACAAGACGCAGCCCGGGGUUUGA